AUGGAGCACCGUGCCCCACUGGUGACCAUGCUGGAGGAGGGGUUCGUUGGGCACCCCGUGGGCUGCUGGCGUGUCUCAGCUGUGGACCUCGGGCAGCGGGUGUCCACACGGGAGGGCUGUCCUGGGAGACGUGGACUGGUGGGACCCAAAGGAGACAAAGGAUACCCCGGAGCCAUGGGGCGGAUGGGCCCCCCGGGCAACCCGGGCCCUGCGGGCACCCCCGGUGUCCCCACCAUCGUGCUCUGGAGGAACUCCAGGGAGGACUGGCAGACGUUCACGCAAUCAUCGUUUUACCAGCUUCUGCACGCAGGCUGGCCGGGACUCUGCGGAGAUCCGGGGGAGCCGGGCGAGAAAGGCCAGCGGGGUUACACGGGGGAGCCCGGGCUCCAGGGCUUGCCAGGACGUAUGGGUUACCCUGGCUCAGAUGGCUUCCCUGGCCUGGAUGGCAAACCUGGGCCAUGGGGGCUGCCGGGAGAGCAGGGACUGCAGGGCUUCCGAGGUGACCGGGGACCAGCUGGCGAGAAGGGAGAAGAGGGGUUCUUGGGUGACCCUGGCCCGGCUGGGGAGAAAGGAGCAAAGGGAGCGAAGGGGCUGUUGGGUCCGAAGGGUGUGAUGGGCUUCCAGGGCCCUGUGGGGCCGGAGGUUCCAAAGGCACCCGAGGAGAGCGGGGCUGUCGAGGUCCGGCUGGAGCUAAGGGAGACCUGGGAGCCAAAGGAGACAAGGGGCUGCCUGGGAAGCCUGGCUUGGAGGGGCCGCAAGGACCUGUCGGCACCUAUGGGUACCCGGGACCUGCUGGCGACCGUGGGAGGCCAGGACGCAGGGGAGACAAGGGAGAAAUGGGAGCUCAAGGCCUGCCGGGAUUUCCAGGAAAAGCUGGUCCCAAGGCCCUGCCAGGUCCCCCUGGUCCACGAGGUGCUCCUGGCUCCCAGGGCAGAGCGGGAGAUCCGGGUCCUCGAGGGCUUCCAGGGCUGCCUGGCGCCCCCGGCAUGCGGGGGCUGGACGGCGUCCCCGGGAAGCCUGGCUCGGCAGGAGAAACAGGGGCUCCUGGAGUGGCUGGUGCUGCUGGCCCGCCUGGCUACCCGGGACGGGAAGGUCCAAACGGACCUGAAGGGCCUCUGGGGAGGAGAGGAGAGAAGGGUGACGCAGGAGAUCCCGGGGAAGCUGGCAUCAGUGGGCUGGAUGGGAGAGGCAGGAACCUGUGGAGCUCCAGGCAGCAGAGGGGGUCCUGGGGAGCCGGGGGACGCUGGGCCAGAGGGGCUGCCGGGGAGGCCCGGGGAGCAAGGAAAGGAGAGGAGGGUGGAGAUAGCCAUGGAAGUCCGAGCUCAGCUUUUAACCCCCCUGGGAUGGAGCUGGGGAGCAGCCGCCGCGCCUGACGCCGCUAUUUCCCCUCCGGGCAGGGUGAUGCUGGUGAUGCUGGAGAGCCGGGUGAGCCAGGACCGCAGGGACAGAAGGGCCAGGUCGGUGUCACUGGAGCUGCGGGACCUGCUGGAGCCAGAGGACGGUUUGGACUCGCUGGAGAGGAUGGAGUCAAGGGAGAUGGUGGCAAACCCGGUCCUGCGGGUGCAGUGGGUGCCCGGGGACCAGCGGGCACCCCCGGGCUCCGGGGAUACGCUGGCCGUGGUGGAGCCAGAGGAGCGGCAGGUGCCAGGGGAGAGCCGGGCCGGCAGGGCCUGGCGGGUGCGAAAGGGGAGCCAGGCAAGCCAGGGAAACCGGGGCAGACGGGCAAUGUGGGGCGUGAAGGGGAAGAAGGGGUCCCCGGAGAAGCUGGCAGACGGGGCAAGCGAGGCAAGGUGGGCCACCGGCCACCGAGAGGUCCCCGAGGACCCAAGGGCGACCCAGGUGGCGAGGGGCCAGACGGACCCCAGGGCCCCCAAGGACCCUAUGGUGAGAAGGGCAGUGUGGGUGACCCGGGCCAGCGGGGGGAUGAUGGCUUCAAGGGCAAGCUGGGACCCCACGGUGCCCCUGGGAGGCCGGGACCCAAGGGACAGCAGGGUGACACUGGCCCCCCUGGCCCGUGGGGACACCCUGGCAUCCCUGGCACACCGGGCUCGUCCGGACCCAAAAUUUGGCGGCGAGGUCCCGGGGGCAGGCCCGGCGGCGGACGCUGUCGGAGGAGCCACGAGCACGGUGAGGGGCUCAUGGGUGGCAGCCCGCGUGACCAGCAUUGUCAUUGUCACCCAGGGUCCCGCCGGCCCCCCUGGACCCAGCGGACCUGUGCUGAUGCUGUCCAGGGAGGAGCUGCGGCGCCUAAUUUAUCCCUCCAACCACCUGAAUUACACCGCGGUCAGGGCUCUGCUGAAUACCCUGAGCCAGGAGCUGCAAGCCCUCGUCGAGCAUCCCAACGGACAAUACUACAUCGACCCCAACCAGGGCAGCCCCCGGGACGCUCUGGUGGCCUUCUGCAACUUUACGGCGGGGGGUGAGACCUGCAUAGCCCCCGUCCGCAACCAGGUCCCCAUCAAGGCUUGGCUGAGCACCUACACCUCUGAGGACACCUUCGAGUGGUUCAGCACCCUGCCUGGGGGCUUCCUGCUGGAGUACGCGGGGGCCACUCCGGUGCAGCUCCGCUUCCUGCGCCUGCACAGCCGCUUGGCCACCCCGAAGCUGGACAACGAGUCCUCCAUCACCGACACCAUCUUCCAGUUCUCCACGGAGGAGCUCACCCUGCUGCCCCUGCGGGACCUGGCCGUCUUCCACGACGGCGACACCUCGCACCAGUUUGGAUUCACG